AUGCCGCCCCGCGACGAUUCUCCCUACGUUACAUUGGGUAUUCCGAGCAACUCGGACGAGACGGAAAUCAAAAAAGCGUUCGUUUUCUAUUCAUUUCAUCGAUUUGUUGUUUUAUUUUUGUAUGUUCAUCGAAAAAAAUGUUUCAAGUGUUUUCUAGAGAAUAUUUUCGUCAUUUUUUCAACAUUAUUUUGUACAAAGUAUUUUUAAAAAUAUUCAAAUUAAGGAUAUAUUUUUCGGGUAGCUGUAUAUGUUCAUAUUCCGGAUGAAAGAAGGUUUUUUUGAUAUAUUCUUUUCAAAAAAAUUGAACUUUUUAUAUAUAAAUAAAACCGAAGAAAAACCUUUUUAAAAAAACAACGCAUUUAAAACAUUUUGAAAUCAAAAAAAGGGUAUUUUUCGGAUUUUAUUCGAUUUUGAAACGCAUUUUAGUGUUUUACGCGGUAUGCUAUUUUCGAGCAGUUUAGAACGAAUUUCACUUUUUAAAAAUCAUGAUUCAUAAUCUCUACGUUGUAAAAAGUCUAUUGAAAGAUUUUUCCCAAGUUGAACAGUGGGAAAAAUUUUUUUGGAUGGGAGUAUUAGUCAUUUUUUUUCCUUAUUUUCUGUGUUUUUUUCGAAAAAUUUUCACUCAGGAGUUCAAAUAAUAAGUGAAAAACUUUGAGUUUAUCAAAAAUUCCAGGCAAAAAAAGCGAAUCUUGUUCAUUUUUUUGCUUGGAAAUCCAAUUUUUUUCACCAGAUUUUUUUGAGUUUUUUUCAUUUAUAUUUUCGGAAAAUUUCCUAGAAAUCAUAAUCGUAUCGAAAAAAAACUUCCCAUUUUUUUGUAAUAUUUUUUUGCUUGAAACCGAAAUUUUCCACAAUUUUUAUUCAAUAAUAUUGUCCUUUGACUGAAUUUCAUGAUCAAAUAUAUAAUAUCCAUUCGCUUUUUUCGCCGUUUUCUCAAUCCUAAUACUUGGCUCAUAACUGGGUCAUUGAAAAUAGAGCAAAUAAGAAAAAAAAAGAAGAAGAACGAGUAAAAACGCCCGAUAAUAACCUUGAAAGUGCGAGGAUUUCGCGUAUUCAACCGAACUUUUUGAUGGUUUUUGGAUUUUCAAGAGAAAGUCAUAGAUGGGCAAGUACAACAUUUUCUUCCGGCCUUAAUAAUACAAGUUUUAACCUCAGGAAGGUAGUAUCAACUUCAAUUUUGAAAAGAAAAACUUGAAAAAAGGGGUCGGAAGCUUCUAAAAUAUGGUCUGCUUAUGUAUGGAGAAAAUGGAAGAAAUAAAGAUUUUUGUUUCUUGAAUUUUUUUAAUUUUUUUCAGUUUAUUUCAUUAUGAACGAAGAUAAAUUGAAAACCUAUUCAUUGUAACAGCAGUGUAUUGAACAAUCAAGAAAUCAAAAGCCUAUGAAUAGGUCGAGAAACGUAAAUUAACCUUCAAAUUUUAUUUUUUUUUUCUUUUUACGUUCAUUUUGAGAGCAGUUUGAUUUAUCCAGAAGUAAAAUGAUGAAUUUUCCCUUUUUUUACCGGUUUCUAUGGGGUUUUUCACAUUUUCAUGUUUCGGACCAGGGAUUUUUCUGAGUAAAACGAAAUUUUGACUUUUCUUAAUGCUUUUUUUCACUUUCCGGUGUCUUUUUGGCUUUUUUCUUCGCCUUAUUUCACUUUUUUAUGCUUCUGGUCAAAUUUUGAACCGUUUUUUAACUAAUUCUUUUCAAAAAACGGUCAAUGAUCGACUUUUUCAACCAUUUUCAAGCUUCUGGUCAAGCUUAAAACCUUUCCAAUCAUACCAAGCCCAGAAAAAACAAAAAAAAAGGUUAAGCCUGGCGGAAAACAAGAGAAAAGCGUUCCGUAUUUGGCCCCCUCGGUACACAAGAAGAAGCCGUUGGAAGCUCUUGUCUUGGAAGCCCCGAAAAAAUCAACAGAGGGAAAAAAACAGAACAAGCUUUUGUCUCAGCCAUUUCGUCAUGGUUCCUGGAAAUUUUUCCAUGAGAUUUUUAAGAAAAAAGUUGAAAAUUAGGGAAAAUGGCAGAAAAGUCUUGGUAAGGAAGGAAAGUCGUUAUAGUCUUGUGAACUUUUUUUAACAAUCUUUUUGAACUUUUUUUGAAGCUGAAAAAAAUUGAUUUAAAAAAAGUUUGAAUCAUGAAAAAAAGGACAAUAGGUUUUAAGUUUUAAGAAUUUUUGAAAAAUUUUUCCGUUCAUAGAUUUUUUUAUAGUGAUUCUCAUGAGAAUAACUCUAUUCGGAAUCGAAAAAAUCGAAGAAAAAAAUUUGGGAAACGGAAAAAAAUUAUCAACUUUCAAAGAAAAACUAAAAAGAUUGAUAAAAAAAUUCGGAAAAUAAUAGAUUUUCUGACUUUUUCUAGGUUCGGUGUUUUUUUCAAGUUUUUUUCGAAAAUCGCGACGAAUUUCUUUUUCAAAAAUGAGUGAAAAAAAGCAAAAAGUUACCUUUAAAAAAAUCACUGAAAAAGGAAAAAUUUCCAUCGAUCUGUUUUGAAAGUUCUGCAGUUCAAUGGUCCUUUUUAAGCCCUUUUUUUCAAAAAUUUGUGAUUUUUCGCAAGUUGCACUCAGAUUCUUUAACUGGAACAUCUAGAAGUAUUUUUUUAAAAAAAGUUUUCAAGUAAAAAAAUUACCUUUUUUUCUGUAGGCUUUUUGAGAGCUUUUUUUAAAAAAAUUUUUCAUUUCAUUGACAAAAAAAUCAAAAAUUCUCUUUUUUUCGAGUAAAAAAAUAUUUCAUCAUGAUAAUUUCCAAAUCUUUUUUUCUUUCUCGGAAAAAUCGUUCCAAAAAUAUCCGCGGCGUUCCUUCCUCCCCCCAUGCGACGGCGGGGUUAUCAAGUGAUUCAAGUUUGUUUGAUUUUCCCCUUUCUCUCCCCUGGGGAACGACCUCGCCAGAAAAGCCUUUUCCGUUACAAUUCGCAUCGGAGCAAAGAUACGCUUGAUCAAAUAGCCGUCAGAAUAAAUAUCACAUUGGAACGAUGUCAUUUGGAACUUGGGGGAAAAAUAUUCCAACUUUUUAGCAAAUAUUACUGUUUCGCUGUUUAUUUAUAUAUUUCAAGUUGAAUUGAGCGAAUCAAUGCACAGUCAUGGCAAACGAUUUUAUAUCUCGGUUUGAAAAUUGAAUUUCUCACUGUUUUCGAAAAAAAGCUUUUUGUUGAAUUUUACAAUGGAUUUUAGGUUGAUUCGUAAACAUAAUUUGAAAAAUUCGAUUUUUCAAAAAAAUAUUUGUUUGAAAUGUUAAAAAUUUUUUUCAAGAGACCUGGAUCAUUAUCGAGGCUUUCAAAAACUGUUUCAAUUUUUUUCAAAAAAAUCUGAUAAUUCUUUUUCGAAAAAAAGUCUCAAAAUUGGUAAAUAUUUUGCUGCCAUCUAUAGACAUUGGUCCGGAAAAAUGAGCCUUGAUUUUUUUCUCUUUUUCAGUUUUGUGGAAUUUUUUUCAACUUUUUUUAUUAUUUUUUUCUAACCUAAUCAGCGGCAUUUUAUUUAAUUUCAAGCUUGGAAGACUUUUUUUGGAGACCUUAACAGUCUUCCUUAGAACUUUCUGUGCAAGCUGAGACCAUUUUUGUAAAAAUAUGAAUAUUUGAGGCCUCCAGAAGCUCCUCCAGCUCCAUUUUUUGAUUAAUAAAGAGUUCUUCUAUUUUAGAUACCGAAAAUUGGCUCUGAAAUGGCAUCCGGACAAGCACGACGACACCUCCAAGGAAGAGGCCGAAGUGAAGUUCAAAAAGAUCGCCCAGGCCUACGAAAUCCUCUCCGAUUGUGGGUUUUGAUACUGAAAAAAAAAUCAGACGAGAAAAGCCAGAGAGCAUUGAAAAAUAGGAGGGUGACAGACGGCUUGAUUUUCUGCGUCUCUCAAUAUUUCACGUUGAAAAUGGACCUUGUCUCAAGCUUUCUCGAGAAAAAGCCAGAGAGCAUUGAAAAAGAGGAGGGUGACAGACAGUUAGAGUUGGAGGCUGUCUCCAGGUUUUCCGUGGUCUCUAACUUUUCUAGAAGUCGCCUAGGACUGCAAAAUUUCUCUGAAAAUGGGUUUUGUGACUGGAAAUUGUGAAAAAUCAGUCUAGAUAAAAUUAAGAGCAUUGAAAACGUGGAGAGCCCAGGCAGUUCGAGUUAGAGGGUUUCUCCAGGUUUUCCGUGGUCUCUAACUUUUCUUGGAGAUCAAAUAAAUCGCCUAAAGCUAAAAAAUCAUCUCUGAUAGCGUUUUUUUCGACUAGAUUUUAAAAAAAAAGUCUAGAAAAAGUUAGAGAUUGUUGAAAAAGAGGAGGGUGUCAGACAGUUAGAGUUAGAGGGUUUCUCCAGGUUUUCCGUUGUCUCUAAUUUUUCUUGGAAAUCAAAAAAUCGCCUAAAUAAGACAUCUCUAGCGAGUUUUUCGACUAGAUACUUGAAAGUGUCUAGAAAAGUCAGAGAGCGUUGAAAAAAAGAAGGGUGCCAGUCUGUUAGAGUUAAAGAGUGUCUCCAGGUUCUCUAUUGUCUCUAACUUUUCCUAUAAAUCGCUUAGGACUGAGAAAUUCUCUCCGAUAGUGGCAUUGUGACUGCAAAUUGUGAAAAAUCAGUCUAGAUAAAUAUAGAGAGCAUUGAAAAAGAAGAGGGUAGCAGACGGUUAGAGUUUGAGAUUGUCUCCAGGUUUUCCGUGGUCUCUACCUCUUCUUAGAAAUCGGAAAAAAUUGCCUAGAUUUACGAAAUAUUCUCUGAUGGCGCUUUUUUCGACUAGAUUUUUGAAAAAAGUAUGUCUGAAAAGGUUAGAGAGCAUUGAAAAAGAGGAGGGUGACAGACGGUUAGAGAAACAGGUUGUCUCCAGGUUUUCCAUUGUCUCUAAUUUCUCAUCGAGUUUAAAGAAAAAUCGCCCGGAAGAAUCAGUUGAGGAUGUACUAAAGAGCAUUGAAAACAGGAGAGUGCCAGACAGUCUGAGCGUCUGGGUCUCUCCAAGCUUUCCGUUGUCUCUAACUUGAGUUUUUUUUUAUUUUAAAUAACGAAAGUAACUGAUUCCUUGGAUUGAUUUGCUUGAAAGAGAGCUCAAAAUAAGAUGACUGACCUAAAUUUUGAAAAUGAAAAUUUUGAAAAUGUCAUUUAAGAGCUGAAAUUUGAAAAUGACCCCUUAAGGGUUUUUUUAAAAGUAAUUUUUCACUACUUUUUGAUAGGUUUUGUUUCAAAAACCAAAAACGAACGGCUCCAAAAAUCUUCUCAAAUAUUCAAAAAGAAGAGAAAGUACACAGUAAACAAAAGAAAAAAAUGGCGAGUAUUUAUUUGUACACAGAUAUUAUUUGUCACCGCACGCGACAAUAUUGACAAAAAGAACACCUGAUUCACGGCUUUUUUCGGGUUUCGAGACACUAUUUUGGAACUUUUUCCCGGUGAGACUGGGUCAAAUUGAGUGGGAAAGGAGGUUGAAGGGGUUACUUGAGGGACUGGGUCUAAGGGAGCACUUGAGGGGUUUUUUAGCCGAUAGGGACUUGAAAAGGUUGAAAAAAAAUGGAGAAAAUUGGGAAGAGUUCUCAGUUUUCUUAAGUGCCCACUUGAACUUUUAGCGGACUUAAUUGAGAGAAGGUUGAAGGGGUUGCUUGAGAGUUUUGAUUCAAGGGAGCACUUGAGAGUUUUUUAGCCGAUAAGGACCUGAAAAAGUUGAAAAGAAACUUUGAAAGUUGGGAAGAGCUCUCGGUUUUCUUAAGGGCCCACUUCAACUUUUAGCGGACUUCAUUGAGAAAAGGUUGAACUGGAAUUAAUGUUGAAGGGGUUUCUUGAGGGACUGGGUCUAAGGGAGCACUUGAGGGCUUCUUAGCCGCUUGGAACUUGAUAAACUCGAAAAAAAAACAAACAUAAUGGUAACGAGUUUUCAAAUCUCUGAAGUGGCCACUUGAAGUUUUUGCAGUUGAGAAAGGGUCAAUUUUUGUGAGAAAUAAGGCCUAAGGGGUUACUUAAGAGAUUGAAUUAGAGAGAGCUCUUGAGUACUUUCUGUAGAAAAAAAGUAAUCAGUGAAAUUCAAGAUAAUUCUAUAAAAAAAGGAACGUUUGAGAUAGUAAGAAAAACUGUAUUUUUAAUUUAUUUUUUUCCAUUAUUUACAAGUUUUAAGCAUAUUUUUAAUCCGGAACAAUCAAAUUUAUAGUUAUUCUUCACCUUUUAAAUGGUUUUUCCCUUUUUAGAACCUAAAUUUCACCUUUUCCAAGGUUCCUUCAAUGAUUUUCAUGAUGAAACUUGUUCCUUUCCUCAAUUUGUCUACUUUGAAACGUUGAAGACCUCCGAAUUGUGCUUUAAACUGGAAAGAACACGAAGAACGGAGCGAAAAAAAGUUGUAAAGUCGGGUUAAUGGCAUAAACAUGUGUUCAAUGAUUAAUUGAGAGCGUAGUUCGCCGGGUUUACAAUGUGUUCAAACGGAAAGAGAUUCAGGAUUCUUGAUUUCGAGCUUAUGAAAAAAAGUUUAGAAAGGGAUGUCAUAUGAAAUAAAUUGACUAGGUAGAAAAUAAUAAAAUCAGCUAUGAAAAAAAACUUCUACAAGUUCUGAGAAGAACUUCAGAGCAAAUUGGAAUUUUUCAGUCAUUUUUUUUCUCGAAGUUUUUGCUUUUCAGUCGAGUUUCAACGCUUUAAAAACGCUUGGAUGAAGAAACAUAGUUCUGAAUGGAAAUUUAUGGCUUUAUUACUUGUUAGAAAGACAAAAAAAUCCAGAAAUAUCCUUUUAACACAUCCAAGUUGUUCUAAAAAAAUCCAAACUGUUUCCGAGAAUUCUCAGAACUAAUAGAACUUUCAGAAAAAAAUUUUUUUAAUAAAAAAAUAUGUGGAAAUAUAGAAAAAUUGACUCGAAAAAAACCUCUUCAACAAGCCUUUCCUUUUUUGAGAUUAGAAAAAAAUGAAAAAAAGGAGAAACUACGAAAUCAGUCAAUUUUAGCAAAAAAAGAGCAUUUUCUCCAGUUAUUUAAGAGCUGUUGAAGAAAAAAAUCGAAUUUCUUCAGUUUUUUUCCGAUUUCAAAAGCGUACGCUUUUUGGCGGAAAAACGAGAUAAAAAAAUGUGAAAAAAAUUACGAAUUUCAAAAAUUUUAUUCAUUCAACAUGAUUUUUUUGAGAACAUGAAUAUUGAGAAGUGUUGGAAAAAAAUAUUUAAAAAAAUAUAAUGUUUGAGUUUGAUUUCAAAUUUCCCGCCAAAAGCCGCGCCGCGUACGCAACUCGUCAUCCUUGCCUGCAAGCUGGGGAGGAAUGACUAUAAUAUAGUUAAUUAUUUCUUUGUUUUCACUGAUUUUGAAGGUACAUUUUGUUUUUUUUUUUCUCUAUUUAAUUGAUAAUUUCCGCCCCGUUUGAACAAUAUUAACUGAUUUGACAAGAAAAUUUUCGAAAUUCAAAGGAUUUUGUACCUUUUUUUCAUAUUUUUUCGAAAAUCAUUACGAAAUCAUUUGUUAAUCUGAACAUUUUCAGCCAAGAAACGGGCCGACUUUGACCGUUCGGAGAACCCGGCGGCUUUCCGGCGCCGCAGCGCCCCACAUCAUCGCCACCAUCAUCCGGACAUGUUCCGGUCGCCGUUCGACAUCUUCCGCGAGUUCUUCGGCCAUCGGGAUCCUUUCGAGGCACCUUUUUUCAUUGAUAUCCUGUGAUUAAAUUGAUAAUAUUGCCUUGGAGGUCCAAUUGAUGUAUCAUUGUUUUACUCGAAUAUCAGUUUUCCUUGAAACUUUCUAGUCCUUUAAAUUCGACUUGUUAGGGUUUGAAUUGUAGAGCCGCGAACUACUGAAGUGGCCACUAUAGAGGCUUGCCAAGAACUACUUAGAGAGGACACUAAAGUGGCCACUAAAGUGGCCACUAAACCCACCUCCAUAGUGGUCACUGUUUUCCGUUUUAGUGGCCACUAUGGAGAUUCUCUAUUUAGUGGCCACUUCAGUAGUUUUUCAUCCAAUAUUCCUUCCAGCAACUCUGAUAGUUUUAGAACAAACAGAUUGGACCGGUUAUUUUGAUCCAUUGACCCCUUCAGUGGCCACUAAUUUGACUACUAUAGUGGACACUAAAACGUCAAAACCCUAUAGAGGCCACUGAAAGUUUUCCCAGAAAAUUUGGAAAGUUAGAGAUUUUUUUGAAUAUCGCGGAAUCUUUUGUGAACAUUAUUUUAAAACUUUGAAAUUUACACUGAUUUCGGUGGUUUCGAAAUUGACGCGUUAUUCGUAUCAAAUGGCGUCGCGAAAUACGCGAAAUUGGAAUUUUAGGAGCCGUUAGAAGGUUCUACAAUGAGAGAGCGAUUUUCACAAGCGAAACCCCAAAUUUUGAAAUUUCUGUGAGCCAAUGAGCCAGUAAAAGUCGCAAUAUCGCGACAGAAGCCAAUGAAGGCUUUGGAAAUUCAAAUUUCGGAAAAAAAUGCGUCAAUUUGCCGAAAUAACUUCGAAUAUGAAUGUUCUAAAAUUAAAAAUUGGAAAGAGAAAAAAAUUUUUUUAAAAAAACAGUUGAAACAGCGAAAAUGUUUUAAAAAUACAGUUCAAAAUCAUGUCCUAUUUUGAGUUGAACUCAAAUUUUAAGUGGGCUUUUUUACAGGGCAUCUUUUUCGACGACGCGUUCUCCUUCCCUGACAUUGGCUCGUAUGCGCACAAAAGUGAGUUUUUUUCCGAACGAAAAUCGCAUUAUAAAUAGUGAAAAAAUUGGUAGCUUUUUUUUUUCAACAAUCUGGCGUCAAAUGAGGUGUUUUAUCGGCAAAAAUCAUCAAAACCGAUGGAUAAACACUAAAAAGCAAAUGUUAACCAACAAAAGUCUGAAAAAAACUCAAAUAUUUGCGCUUAAAGUUAAUUGGAAAGUCCGCAAAAAUUUUCACGGCUGAGAAAUAAAGCUUUUUCUCGAAUAGGAACAAGUGUGAAAAACAUACCAUUGGUUCGAGAAUUGUCCAAUUUUUGCGCGUCAGAUAAGGUGUUUGAUUCGUAGUGAUCUUCAAAAAACACCUAGAUAAACAUGAAAAUUUGCUGUUAACCUGAGCAAAAAUUUGCGCGUCAAGUUAGUUGCAUAGUCCGCAAAUAACGUCACAAUACUUUUUACAAGAUUUUUGACGCAUAGGAGGCAAAAUUAUUGUAAUCAAACCAUUAACCCAACAAUUUUCCAAUUUUUCUCGCGUAAAAUGAAGUGUUUGAUCCGUAGUGAUCUCCAAAAAACACCCAGAUAAACAUGAAAAUUAGCGGUUAACCCAAGAAAGCAAAUAUUUGCGCGUCAAAUAAAGUGUCCUGUCCGCAGAGCCAUCGAACCGCCGGUUUUCGAGCCCACGUGUACACAUUUUCUACGACGAGAAGCGUCCACGCGACGACAACUGGUUCGCCUUUUUUUUUCCUUUUUUUUUCAUUUGCUCAGAGAAAAAUGAGAAAUGAAGGGGUUGGAAGAAAAAUAAGAGAAAAAAUUUCCAUCAGUUUUGAGUUUCAGGCAAAUAUUAAAAGAAAAAAGUAUGGGAAGCUUUAAUAAUUGGAUGCCACAUAACCUAGAAAAAUUGUCGUAGGAGGGAAAGCUUAUCUCUUUUUAAGUGCACCCGACUUGAAACGAGUUGCGCUGAAAGCCACGAAUAUUUUUGAUCACUAGUUUACAUCAAUGUUUUAUAGGCUACUAGUAAUUCCAUAUCAUUUCCCUUUAUUUUGAUGAAAUCGAUACGCUCUAGCUGCCAAAAAAGUAAGAGGAAUCUAAAAAAAAGCCAUUCCAAAUGCGGCCUUGAGUGGAGCGCAGAAGCUCAGAUUUUCUCGGCAUUUUUUCAAUUUUUCCUGCGCUCGAUUUGGAGCUGUCUGGCCUGUCUGCGCUCUCUCGAUCUCUCGCCUUUUCUUAUUUUUAAGCGAGAGAAAAGGAGAGAACGGACAGUUAGAAAACUUCAAGAUGAAGUGAAAUUAUACCCCGAAAAAUGAUCAUUUUCCAGCCAAUUCUCGACGGUGAUCCGAUUCUCGAGCCCGACGGAGCCCGGCAAGAACGCGUCGGUCCAGAAAAUGUCGACGACGACGAAGCUCGUCGACGGCAAGAAGAUCGUGACGAAGACGGUGGAGAACGACAGCGAGCACAUCAUCGAGGUGCACGAAGACGGCGAGCUCAAGUCGAGGACCGUCACGACUCCGCCCACUUCUCCGACUGACGUCACAGCUCCUUCGAUCGUCAUCAAGGGAUCCAUGAUGUCGUCACCCAUUGUUGCUUAA